AGCUAUUCUCCCUUUACGCAGUACGUUCAUUAUUAUUAUCCAGGUGUGAAGCUUACUCGAACAGCAGAGGAUGUUUGUGAUUGCUGUGUCCGACUGAAGAUUCAGCUUCAACAGCCCGAUAUCUCUGAUGCCGAUCGAGAUGCUCUCUUGAUGGAAAAGCGCACUCAUAUCACGGAGGCUAUUUCGCACCGGCGAUUUGUGUCGCGGUUUGUGAAGGAAUACACAAACUUGUAUGCUCCAGAUCAGCUUGUAUCAAGCGAAGUUAUCCCGGACACCUACGAUCUGGCGGAAGACUUUGGUGGAGGCAUUUCAAUGCCCCAUUAUGGACACUCACGACCGUCUGCAGAUUAUUUUCACAGUAACCGGAUAAUCCACAACUUUGUGGUCGCGGACAUCACCAACAAACGCAACAACGUCUACUUCUACGACGAGCGUGCCCAAGGCAAGGGAGCCGGCGCGCUGUGCAGCUUAAGAUUGCUGUACCAUCUCACUACACUCCAGACAGACGCACGCAAUGGUAUUCGUCCCGCUGAAAUAGACUUCAGCUUGUUGGACAACUGCGUGGGAGAAAACAAGUCAAAAGUGGUGCUCAUGUUCUUCGCUAUGUUGUCCGUUGUCUUCCCGUACAAGAAGGUGGUUCUGUACUUUCUUCUACCUGGUCACUCACACCACAUUGCCGACCGUGUGAUAGCUUGGUGCCUUAACAAGGUGAAAAUUGUCCAUGGAGUUUUUCUCAACCACAAUGAUCCCUCACAUCCCUUUUACGUUGGUUGGGGUGAUCUGCUCGACAAAUAUUAG